AUGGGUACCGAUACACAAAACCCUACUCUUGAUACCUUCGCUCAAGGCCAAGCGAUUGCUCGUGCAAUGGAACAGGACCACGGCAUGUUCGAGGACACUCUUCGCUGGUGGACAGAAGACACAGAUCUCAUGCAGGGCUUCCAGCUCAGUGCAUCGAUGCAUGAUGCAUAUGGGGGCAUUGUAUGCACUUACCUCGACAUGCUCGCGGACGAGUACCCCAAGACAGAAAGGCACCUGACCUUGCUGUCUCAAAGGAUGGAACAUAAUGAGAAGCUUACACCCUAUACCAUGAUGAACCAAGCCCUCAGUCUUGCACACGCUUUGGACUAUGCACAUUUGCUAACGCCUAUAGGACUCGAGGCACCUCCCUCUUCGAGAUGGCCGCACGUACGUGCGGAGCCAACGUGUAUGAGCGAGACAAGCGCUAUUGUGGCGGCGCUGUAUGAGACGGCCACACUGCCAUUGCGCCUUGCACGACGGACAGAGUCGAUGUAUUCGUUUCGAACCCGCCUAAAUUGGCGUGGCGAUACGCCUAUAUCCCAACUUGGCGGGUGUUUGCCGACGCCGCUCCUGGCUGAUGAACGCCACACUGAUCCUCUGGAUAUCCUCAUGCAGUCGAUGCUGGCACGGCGCCAUGGAAAAGAGUCCAUCAUACACAAAGACACAGCAGAGGAAGCAUCCAAGCGAUUGGAUGCUGCUUGGUGGGAUGCGUCUUUGCCUGUGGCCACUUUCUACCAAAGCAAAUGCAGGGCGUCGUCAGCGGAUACACUCGCGGCGAACCCUGCGUCAAAUCCAGUCGCCUCCACUAUACCAUACGCUGAAUGCUUUGUUGCGCGCGAUGCUGAUGCUAAUGCGGAGAAACCUACCAUAGAUGCACUCGCAUACGACGAGCAGCUGCCAGAACCCCUGGUUACUCGAGCCUUUGUUCCGUUGGCCUACCCUGUUGAUUCGAAAUUUGCAGCCAUGUUCCACGGAACAACGUCGGAUGGACGGCCCUGGCCAUACAACAACGAUGGUAAUCAUGCGCCACGCGUGACAUCCACGCCAUGUGUUGCAUCGCUACAGACAUCACCCGAUAUUGGACGACUCGCGCAUGGAGCGCGCCAGUUCAUCGUGCGUGUCUUGCAGGGGCAUGAGCCUCUGAGCAUGUAUGGCGUGGAUGCAUCGGAGCGCGAUUUGCUCGGUGACGUUCGAGAAACGUUCGAGUCACUAUGUGAUGCAUACGGAGGCACAGAGAAUGAAUGUGGGAACGAUGACGGCGGCCCCGCCACUGAUGAAGAGUGGGACACGGAUGCUUGGGAAGUUUAG